AAAUCAAAUACAUUAAUUGGCCAACAGACUGAAAUCUAUAUGAAACAGAAUGAAAUAAAUGAAAUAAAAUACUUGGGGGCCCUGCCCCUCCCUUAAAAAUAUCCAAACGGUGUAAUCCAGCGCUGCAAAGUAAUGCAAGUAAAUUUAAUUUAACCCUAGAGAAAAUGCUGAUCAUAGAUGGGGAAGUUAUGGUUCAAAAAUACAUUAAAAUGCAGAGAUAUGUGUAAAUUUGGCUAGCCGGUUAAGGGGGGCCCUGUGUGAUAUUCCUUCUGGGGGCCCAAAAUCCCUAGCUACGCCCUGUAACCAGGUCAUAAAUGUCUGACUUUAAAACAUUACAUUUUUUGAGUAAUAAUGUCACAAUUUAUGGCUUUUUAACUCUGAAAUUCUGAGUUUGGUUGCUUGUAAUAUCGGUCUUUAUAGUUUUAGAAUUAGUGACUUUUUACUCAUUAAUAUUCAGUCGCCUGUUGCGCCUGCUGUGCGUAACUUCUGCCUUAAGUUGUGGUGUAAAGUCCACACUAAGCCCUACGUUGAAACUAGUUUAAAUUUCUAACUGAAGUUGUGUCAUUGUUCAGUUGCACCACAGAGACGUCGAUCUUAACUUGUAGAGAUUUACGUCCAAACUAACCAAAAUAUUGAGGCAGAUGUGACGUAUUCUCUGACUUUAACCAAUCACUGAAAAGCAUUUUUUAACCUUGUGUUUGCUACAGAUGCCAAUGGCUAAAAAUAACGUUUGCUAACUGUCGUAAAUCAUCAAACAGCAUUCAGUGUGGAUGAAAAAUAAGACAAGGCGUUUUGUAUAUGUGAGUAUUGUGAAGCCUACAGCUAGAGCCAGUAUAAAUUACACUGAUAUCGAGAGGUGAAAUGACUAAUAACACGAGAUAAUUUAACAGAGGACGGCGGAAAUUAACUGCACUCAUGGAAAACAACAGUGUUACUGAUCAUGGAGAACGCACUGCUGACUCCAGAUUUCUGGUAAAAUCCUCAAGUCCUCUGGGUCAUUAUGUCUUUUGGAGCUAACACUAUGACAGACGUAUUCUACGGAGGACUUUACACCUAGUAAGAUGUAAGAUUUAAGUUAUAACUGACACCUACACUGAAACUAUCACGGCUGGUGCAACACCUUUAAUGUUAGUAGAGCGUGAAGUAAGAACUUACGUUCAGACUAGGCUACGUUUGAACUUACGCACAGCUGGUGGAACCCAUAGCAGAUCCUCUUUAUUGUCUUCUAUCUUUAAGGCGGUCCUAAUAUGUGGUCGAAUGUUAUUUUUCUAAUCAUGAUUUUUUUUUUUUUUUUUAAUUUGUGCCUUUUAAUUUUACAGCCUCAGAGCAAACAGGACCCCACACCCUCUGAGACCUCAGGAUGGGAACCAAUGCUGGUUUCCUGUGUGGAUUUGUCAAAUAAUAAAGUUAUUUUUUUCAGUGUUUUUGCGUUUUAAUGAUGUCUCCCCUCUAAUCUGACAGCUGGAGUUGAUCAUUGAAGAUUAUUAACUGGCGUGUUUGACCGUGCUCUGAUUGGCUGAUCUCUCUGUUCUCUCCAGACGCCUUCAUCAUGGACAACUUGUCUUCAAACUCAGAUGUUUUACUGAUGGAGGGGUUAAAGGUCAGCCCACAGUCCUCCAUCCCCGCCUUCAUCCUCCUCCUCCUCAUCUACGUCUUCAUCGUGGUGUCCAACAUCGGCCUGGUGGUCCUGAUCGCCAUGGAGACGAGCCUCCACGAGCCCAUGUACCUGCUGUUCUGUAACAUGAAUGUUAACGACGUGUUCGGAGCGUCGUCCAUCAUUCCUCGUCUUCUCUCUGACGUCUUCACGCCGAUGUCUCGGCGCUACAUCCACUACAUCGACUGUGCCAUCCAGGCCUUCUGCACUCAUUUCCACGCUGGUGCCUCUUACUCCGUCCUCAUGGUCAUGGCGUUCGAUCGCUACGUGGCGAUCUGCGAUCCCCUCCGGUACGCCACUGUCAUGACCAACAGGAUGGUGGUGAAGCUGUCGUUGGGGGCCUGGGCGGCGGCCCUCGUCUUCGUCACCAUCCUCCUGGGUCUGACCUACCGUCUGACCCGCUGCAGACGGAUCAUCUCCAACCCGUUCUGUGAUAACCCCUCCCUCUUCAAGCUCUCCUGUCAGGACCUCCUCAUCAACCAUGUCUACGGCCUCGGCACGGCCGUCAUCAUCCUUGGCUCCUCCCUCUGCAGCAUCUCGCUCACCUACCUGAGGAUUGCCAUGGUGUGUCUGAGGAGUUCGAACAAGGCUCAGAUCAGCAAAGCUCUGCAGACAUGUGCGUCACAUUUAGCCGUCUUCCUCCUGCUGCUCUUCUCAGGGGGAAUCAUCACCGUCCUCCAUCGUUACCCCGACCUAUCAGACCAGAGGAAGAUGGCGUCCAUCCUGUUCCAUGUGGUUCCUCCUUCCAUGAACGCCAUCAUCUAUGGGCUGCAAAUCAAAGCGAUCAGACUGAAGAUCAUUGAUCUACUGGGCCGGAAACAAAGGACUAUGCUACUGCUUAGAUGACUUUAGCUUCAAAUGAGAGAAUAAGUCUGUAAAAUAUUUUAUUAAAACACGCUUUGAUCCUGGUGGUGUAAAGAUGCUGGUCACAUUCACAGGACAUGAAAUAACGGGACACAAGAAAGAAAGAUGGCCACCACAGGGUGCUACAGCUCUGUGAUUGACAAUGUUUUUGAUUGUUAUUUAGUGAACUAUCCCUUUAACACUGUUUAAAUGGUUUGAGAGCUGAUUGCACAGCAUCACUUUAUGCCACCAGUAUUACAGUUUCAUAUUUUCAUAUUUCAAUUACAUGAAGAUAAAACUGAAUGAAACAUUUUUAUUAGUGGGGAUGCUUAGUAACCACACUAUUGAUAUUCACGUCAGCCAUUUU